AUGAAUGAACUACCUGAUGAUUCAACAGGGUUGAUUAAUCCCCUUCAAAUUAUUAAUAGUGCUUCUGUGAAAAAUAUUGUUCCCAGUAUGGCCACAUUCCCAACACCUCCAUCCAGUAGUGGUGAUUCUCCGCAACCGGUGUAUUUUGUAUCUUCACCUGGUUCCAGCAAUUUUUCAGUUCCUUCGCCUGGAACGAGCCAAUCCUAUUUUCAUGCCCACGUUUUAUCUGCUGAAGGAAACAUGAUGGAAACGGAUAAUAAAGAUGCCCCAUAUUUAAGAUUUAUUGAGCAACCAACAAAUAAGUUUCGCUUCAGAUACAAGUCUGAAAUGGCUGGAACACAUGGCAGUCUUAGUGGUAUGAAUUCGGAUAAGUCAAGAAAACAGACUUAUCCUACUGUUGAGUUGGUAAAUUGUCCUGAAAAUGCUGAAGUAAGAUGUUCAAUAUAUCAAUUUAAUAUUGAUGAAGAUUUCAAGCCCCAUCCACAUAAACUUAUAAUGAAAAAAGGCAAAAACGAAAUGGAAGAUCCUCACGAUCUACAAGUUGGACCUGAGGAAGGAUUUAUUGCAACGUUCCACAGUAUGGGAAUCAUACAUACUGCUAGGAAAAAUAUAGUGGGCGAAUUGGUGAGGAAAAAGGAGCAAUUGAAAAAAGAACUAAAUGCCAGAUUGGAAGGUAUAUUGAGGGAUUUAACACCUAAGGAAUCAGCAGAGAUCAAAGCAUUAGCAGAACACGAGAGCAAAACUAUUAAUUUGAAUAUUGUUCGUCUCAGAUUUGAUGCAUACAUUGUUAAAAAUGGAAUAAGAAAUCCUAUUUGUCCGCCAAUUUUUAGUCACGGAAUCAAUAACCUGAAAUGCGCACUCACUGGCGACUUGAAAAUUGUUCGUAUGGACCAUUGCUCCAGCAAAGCUAAAGGUGGACAAGAAAUCUUUCUUUUGGUUGAACGAGUAACAAAGAAAAAUAUCAGAAUUAGAUUUUUCGAGUUGGAUGACGACGAACAAGAAGUUUGGGAAGGCGAUGGGAAAUUUUCAGAGCUAGACGUUCAUCAUCAAUAUGCUAUAGUCUUUAGAACGCCAGCUUACCGAGACCAAGACAUCACAGGUCCAGUUCAGGUUUACAUGGAACUAGUAAGACCCUCGGACUCGGCCAGAAGUGAAAUGAGAGAGUUUCGCUAUAUUCCGAAUAAUGAUUACAAAACUGGGUAUAAAAGGCCGCGUUCCUGUCUGGAUAGUUCUUCAAGUUAUGACAGCAAAAGUGUAAACAGCAAAGAGUUACCAGUAACAAUUACUGCAGCCGUGCAAACACAGAAUAUGUUUGCACUGCCGAAUGCUAAUAGCUGGAAUCAACAGCCGCCUUUGACAGACGAUCAACUGAACACAGCAAUGAAUGACUUCAACUCUGAUGAGUUUAAACUUUUGUUUGAGCGCGUCGCAAGUGAGUUGCCCAACGAUUUGAUUAGACCAGAAGUUAUAGCCAAAGAUGGUAUAUUGCCCUACCAAUUUAACAAUAUGCGCAUUGGUGCGCGACCACCUACAAAUAUCCAACGUCAUACAUCAUUAGCAGCACAACAAACAGACUCGACGGUCGUAAAAAUGGAAGUUACACCUGAAGAUUUUGCAAAAGCACAAAAAACUUACGAUGAACUGAGAAGUUUUGCCAAGUCCAAAGAGUCCCAAACACGUACCGCUCUAAUGUUGGCACAUCAUUUGGACGCAAAUAACGAGCAACCAAGACAAAAUAAUGCCCUACAUGUAUUCAUUGCUUUAAAUAAAAAAGCCGAAGUAUCGUUCAUACUAAAAAUGUUGCUAUUAUCCAAGCAACUGCAUUUGGCUAAUGUCGUGAAUGCGGAUGAUUUAACCCCACUUCACAUAGCUGUAAUGUGUCGCAACGAAGAGUUUGUGGGAUAUUUGCGGCGCGUAAAUGCAGAUCCGACAAAACAAAAUUCCCUGGGACGUACACCUUUGCACGAAGCCGUCAAAUCUGCAGCCACAUUGAAAAUGUUUGAGUUGCUCUUAUCUUUCAAAAACACUAAAAUCGAUCUUGAGGAUUACGAUGGUUCAACAGCUUUAACGCUUGCUAUUGAAACUGCCAAUAUGACAGCAAUAAAGGUAUUGUGCGACGCGGGAGCAGAUAUAAAUAGGCAACAUUGUAAGGACGGACAUACCCCAUUCAGAAUGGCAGUCGAACAUGACUUUGCGGAGGCUGUGAAAUAUUUUUUGAAACAUCCAAGUUUCGAUUUUGAAGCUCAGAAAGAUUUUCAGAACGUCUCUGCUUUCCAGGCAGCUGUAUUGAAACCAUCGAGCGAUGAAAUUAUGGGGUGUAUUCUAAAACUCGCAGCAGCUAAUAAAAUAGACUUGGAAUUGAAAAGAGAGAUUGAAGAUGAUGAUGAUAUUGAAGAAAUUCAGGAAAUAAUUGACAUUAAACCAGAUACUGAUACAAUUCCCGAUGACCCAACCUUACUCUAUGCAGGCUUGAAAACAUUAACACCAAAAUGUCUUGACGAAAUAGCCUCCUAUUUAGACAAAGGCGAAAAAUAUAUGCAUUUAGCCGAAUUGUUCGAUUUUGCGCAUUUACUGCAAACUCCAAUGUUCCAAAAUGGAGAAAGCAUCAGCAAAAAUAUAUUGAGACAUGCGUCUGAGAGCGAAGGAGGUUUAUUGAUGUUGAGAGAAUUUUUGAAUUUGUUGGAGGAGCCAUUGGCUGUGGCCGCAAUGGACCAUAUGGCGAGAGAACGGUUCUAA